AUGGCAUCUAUCGCAGUUCAAUCCUCCGGUAACUAUGGCUUCACCCUGAACCAGAAACCGCCUGCGGUUCCCGUCUCUGAGAAACCACAUCAUGUCAAUACAACUUUAAACUUCUACAAAGCGAACGAAGAUGGUUCACCUCCUUCUCCUACCAUCAUUGGCAGACCAGAAACCUUCAACAAACCGAGCGUCUCUCUCCCUGUCACAAUUCACAACGUCAGCGGGCACGAGCUCGACCAUUCCCUUGAUGGAAAUGGCUUCCAAUUUCAUUACCAUGAGAGCACAGAAAAGGAUUUUCUGGAUGAUGAAAAAAUUCGACAACAGUAUUAUCCAGAGACUGAACAGUUGCUCAAAGAUGUAACUGGCGCCUCUCGUGUUCUCAUUUUCGACCACACCAUCCGUCGCGCCUCCCAAGAUCCAACCAGAGACGGAUCACAGCAGCUCCGCGGCCCUGUGCAACGCGUCCACAUCGAUCAAUCAUAUAAAGCUUCAAAAAGCCGAGUCUCCCACCACCUCCCAAACGAAGAAGAAGAGCUGUUAAAGGGUCGAUAUCAGAUCAUCAACGUCUGGCGCCCUAUUCGCACUAUCCUCAAGGAUCCCUUGACGGUGGCAGAUGCUCAUACUGUGCCGGAUAGCGAUCUCGUGCCAGUGGGACUCAUCUAUCCUGAUCGGGAGGGUGAGACCUAUGCCGUGAAGCCGGACCCAGAUAUCAAGUGGUAUUACCGCUAUGGGCAGACUCCGGACUUGGUUACGUUGAUCAAAUGCUUUGAUUCUAAGACAGAUGGUAGGGCUAGACGCGUGCCUCAUUCGGCGUUUGUGAAUCCCGAGACCGAGAACGAAGAUGGAAGGGAGAGUAUUGAGGUGCGGGCCUUGGUCUUCCAUCCUGAGGAUCGGGAGUGA